AGUGGCUGGCGGACUGAUGUUCUCUCAACUGGCUGGGAAAGCUCAGUCCUGAAAGCCGUAAAUGUAAUGCAUUGAUCUUCCUUCAGUUUCUCACAGACAUGUCUCCUGUAGGUCUUCUGCUGCUGCGGGAUUAUCUCUGUGUGAUGCUUCUCCUGAUCAGCAUCUUCAGCGGCGAGUGCCAAAAAAUACAUCAGGGUCAGCUCUGCAAAUCUGCCUGCUCAGCAUCAUUGAAUGUGCCAAAGGGACACAGGCACACCUACAGGUACAGCACGACCACCACCAGCUCCCUGAAAGGACCCUCAUCAGCAGGCAGUCAGCUGGCCUUCGACUGCGUGGUGGACAUUGACGUGCUACCAGGGUGUCCAGAUAGGAUUUUAAGGAUUAGAAAUCCACAAAUUAAACAAAGUUCUUUGAAAAAGGAAAAUUCUGUGCUGCGCUUGAAAAACAUCAGAGAGGCGCUGGAGAAGAACCCCCUGCGGUUCCUGCUUCAGGGGGGGAAGGUCAUUGCCCUGUGCCCACAGGAAGCCGAGCAGGUGUGGACGCUCAACAUCAAGAGAGCCGUACUGAGCAUGCUCCAGACGUCCCGCACUGGACGAGUGAGGGAAACCAUGAGAGAGACUGAUGUGUUCGGUACGUGUAUGAGCACCUACGAGCAGAAGGGCUCUUUGCUGGUGAAGACUAGACAUCUCCAACAGUGCCUUAAAGAACGAGUCAAUGCGUUUUGGUGGCAAUCUGUCCCCCUACAGGAAGACACAACAGUGAAUGCCAGCCUCAGGUGCACACAGCUCUAUGGCACAGCUGUGAUGGACAGGGUGAACUGCACUGAGACAAUGGUGCUGGUACCAUUGUCCGGCUCGCUGGAUGCGGCCCAGACCAGCACUGUGUCGACCUUGAAUCUACUGAGAACUCUGAAGGACAUACAGAUAGAUUCAGGGUUGCAGGAUGACGGUUACUUAGCCAAUCUGAGAUUUGAGGUGGAAACUUUAAGCCCAGGACGUGGAGGAGGAGCUCGAUCAGUUCAGGAGGUCUCCAGCACAGUGAGGAGGCUGUGUGCUCAGUCUGCAGACCACCAGCAGCAGUCUGAGCUCUUCCUGAAUCUGGCCCUGCACUUGAGAACUUUGUCUCUGCAGCAGCUGAAGGACGUCUGGCAGGAGGUUUCCUUUAAAUGCAGAGACGACUGGCAGCCCUUUCUAGAGGCUCUUCCUGCCUGUGGAUCUGAGGCCUGUGUUCACUUCAGCACAGACCUCGUCCUUAACGAUGAGAUCAGUCAGGAGCACAUCAGUCUCCUCCUCAGCACUGUCGCAUUCACUCCCCGUCCCUCAGCAGCGAUGAUCAGAUACAUCAGCCAGGCUCUGUUAAAGUUGCCCCAGAUUCGUCUGAAGGCGGUUCUGGGGUUAUCGUCACUGGUUCAUCGAAUUUGCCGAAGGGAGCCAGCUCCAUGCAGCCAGAUACCUGAAGUGCAGCAGUUUGUGCUUUUUCUGAAAGAGAGUCUGGUUCAGGGCUGUGGGGAGCGGGGGUCCUGGCAGGUCACUGAGCUGCUGUACAUCCUGAAAGCGGUGGAAAACAUCGGCCUGGCUGCUGAAGCUCUCAUCCCUCAACUAAACGACUGCAUUCACAACCAAUCAGCAGCGUUAGAGCUUCGACUAGCUGCAGUACAAGCCUUCAGACGCAUCCCAUGCACCAGUCCGAGGGACGUUCUUGUUUGGGUGUAUCAGCAACAUCAAGAGAACGUGGAGGUUAGAAUUACUGCAUAUCAGCAGCUCAUGAACUGUCCCAGCCAGGAUGUGUUCAGCAUUAUAAGGAACACCUUAAGGAAUGAGACGUCCACUCAAGUUGGUUCUUUUGUCUGGAGCCACCUCGUCAACAUCAUGAAGACUGAAGACCCUCUGAAGAAGCACCUAAUGGAGUCAUUGCCACAUGACAUCAUCAGCAAAGACUUUGAGGCCGAACCAUGGAAGUAUUCUUCAUAUAUGGACUUUACGAUGGAUGCUGGACCAGCCAUCGCCAACAUGGAAGGAGCCUUGGUUUACUCACCUGCAUCCUUUCUGCCACGUUCUGCAAUGGCCAAUGUGACAGUUCACGUCUUGGGCAGAUCCUUUAAUGUUUUAGAGGUCGCACUGAGGAUGGAAAAUGCAGAGUCUUUACUCUGGAGAACGUUUGGAGAAGGCCAUCGUUCUUCUCCAGUUGAUAACUCUGACACUCAAACAGAAUCUACAUCACAUACAUCACAUGGGAAGAAAAGGAACAAGAGAAAUGAGAAAACUGCUUCAGAUCAGAAGGAAAGGGUGAUUCAGAAUGAUGACUGCACGUCCAGCAAGUCGAGUCUUCUUAAAGCUAAGUUCACAGGGCAGAAGGAAAGACAGAGUGAUUUCCGAUGCUGGAUUAGUGUGAAGAUGUUUGGAACUGACCUUACCUUCAUGACCUGCAAUGAACUGCUUGGCCAACUGAGAGAGCUGUCACUCAGAAUGGCUGGAGUCACUGUGAAGCUGCUGCAGGGUCAGGAGGUUAAAUUGACCCACAGAACCAUCAUGAUUGCUGAAGAACUGGUGUUACCAUCACUUUCAGGCUUGCCCAUCAAACUGAGUAUCAACAUGUCCUCUUCUUACUCUCUCUGGGUGAAGGGGAGCGCCAACCUUAAGGACUGGUCUCAGUUCUCAUUGGCAGGUCACAUAAAGCCAAAUGCAUUUAUCGGCCUCUCAGCCAGAAUGGGGGUGGAUGGAGCAUUUGGUCGAGUGGGACUGGAGUGGGUCACCCAAGUCAGAACCUCCACAAGCUUGGAUGGAGGAGUAUAUGUGCACAAUGGGCAAAGUUUAAAGAUGGUUCUCAACACGCCUGAAGAUGUUAUGGAUGUUUUGUCCUUUAGCUCAAGAAUGUAUCGUGUGAGUGGAGAAAGCAAAGAGGAGCUCACCGCCUUGAGGAACCUGAAAGAGAAGACCACCUGCACACCUAAAACAUUGUCCAAGUUGGUUGGAUGGCAGCUGUGCUCUGAUGUCACCUACCCUGUGUCACUGAUAGGAAGAGGUUUUCCACCGGCUGGUCCAGUACUCUUUACACUGAGGUUUCAAAAGCUGGACCGAGGCCUUCAGAAGUACCUCUUAGAGGCCGCUUAUGCAUUCACUUCUCAGAAAAACUCCUGGAUGCCGCUGGAAGCCAAUCUGCUCAUCUUCCUUGGAACACCUCAGUCCACUAUCCCUCGAGACGUAUCUUUGGACCUGAGUUUUAGUCCUCGAAGGCUGGUUCUGAAAAUCGUCCACCCUCUAAAAACCCUCCUCAUUCAAGGGCUACUUGACGAACUGAAUGGACACUGGUCAGGAAGAGCAGAGGUUCUAGUAGAUGACAUCUACCAUUAUUAUCUCAAGGGACUGAUUGAGACUGUGAGUCUUCCCUCAGAGAAGAGAACACACUACCAACUGGAGGCCAAAGUUGCAGCAGAUGGACGUCCGGUCAUACUUUCAGUUAACGUAACACAUGGGCUGAGCAGGAAGAUUAGCGUAACUGCUAAGCUUCGAAAUGUCUUCAGUAGAGAUGCUUCUUUUUCAGUGCAGCUGGAGCGGAGGCAGGAUGAUGGUCGGAGGCAGUACUCUGUGGACACAGGGCUUCUGCUGCCCAGCUUGUUAAGCACCAGAAUACUCGGACUGGUUGAGCAGAGUGGAGCAGAGUGGAGCUCCGGCCUACGGAUCAGAUACGGGGUGCCAGAUUCACCCAUUAUGCACGAGUGUCACAUGUCACAGAACCUGAAGGACGAGGUUGAGUCAGUUGAAGAGGGCUACAGCAUGAGGGUGGAUCAUGAGCUCCAGUGCUCCCAGAUCACCCUCUUCAACCACAAGAUUCAGCUCAGACAUGAAAGGAGUCCAGUUCAUAUCCAGUCUUCACUGGACCUGAGCUACGGCAAGCAAUGGAACCAGGGCAGCAACAAACAAAGAGUCUUACUGAGUCAGUCCAUCAGGAACCAGUCUGGAGAGAGUCUCACUAGCUACGCGCUUGAGUUCAGCCUGCGAGUUCCAGAGAAAGGACUGAACUACAGGACCCAGCUCCUACACUCCCACAUGAAAAGAAGAAAAUCUGAGAGCAGCACCCACCUGAAGGUCAAUUAUAACGACCAGAUUCCCCUGGUGGCUGGCCUUCACUGGAAAGACAUGUCUGCAAAAGCCUCAUUACGCAAAUGGGACGGGUCGUUCAACAUGGACACACCGUGGGUGUAUGUCUACUUGGCUCAUAAGCUAACUCAACCUCAACACGGCACAACCCAGUUCACUUCUGAGAUAACCACCCGCAAGUUGGUGACCAUUCGCAACUUGGCGCUGGAGGGUCUUUACAGGGAGAAGAACAGAGACCGGGAAGGACACCUCCAUCUGUUCACACCUACGGUCACCUAUCUAAAGGUUGGCGGAUGGGGUGCUCUGGGAAAGCGUAGAGUUAAUGCUUCAUGCUCCAUCAGCACAGCCUGGACACCAGCCAUAAAAGGGGAGAUUUCGUUGAACAAUGGAAAACAAGUGAAGUCUCUGGAUUUGAGCAGCAGCUACGGCAAGCUGAACCACAAGAUCUCUGCAACCCUCAACAUUGUGGAAAAGAAGCUGAAGAAGAAUGAGGUGAUGAUGAGGAUGACCUUCUCAGAGAUGAACAGUCCGUAUCUAGAGAUAGAGAUAAGUGGCAAAGUGGAAGAAAUGAGAAAGGACAGAAAUCUGUAUCAAAAACGAUGGGUGCUUCACUUCAGGCAGCCGUUUAAGUUCCUCCCUGAAAGUUUACUCCUUCAGGAGACCUUCACUGUUGACCUGCAUAAGGGAGUGUACAUCCUUGAGUCCAAAUCCCUUCUUCAAAACAACCGAAAAGCCAUUCAUGUUCUCACCCUGGGAUAUCGACCCCAGAACCCUUUUGUGUGUUCCUCUUUAAUUCAUUCUUUAUAUCUUGAGAAUAUUCCACAUGACUCUGAGAUUUGCAUCAGCGUCCACAGCAAUCAGACUGUGCAGGAGCUGCAGGGGAGAAUUUUAACAGCUAAAACGGAGAAGUUAGUAGUGCUUGGGCAGGUCCAACUUCACGGUGAACAAGGGAUCACCAUCAAAGCCAACCUGAGUCAGUUGCUGCAGCUGAAGUUUCCCACCACCAUGAGCCUAGAUGUGGACUUGCUGAGAAAUCACAACAGCAGCGUGGACUUUGCAUACACCGCGAAAGGGAAAUUGACCACUGAUGCUAAGAGAUAUUAUAAUGCAUAUUUAUCAGCAGAGAGAUCUCCUGCUGGAUAUAUCAGCAGCUCUGUGUAUUUGGAGUCUAAUGGAAAGAAGAUUGCUACACUGGAUUCUUCGCUAGCUAACAUUUUGGAAAUGGAUCUUCGUGGUGUUGGUUUUAAUGUGAGCUUUGAGCAAACUCUACUUCCAGAGCUCACUGCUGACGGUCUACUUCGUCUCGGUGCAAAUUUAUCCUCAGACAGGCUGUCUGUUCUGUGGGCUCUGGGAAAGAAAAAGAGGAUGAUCCAGGCGCAGCUGAGUGCAGCUUUAAUACGAAACCCCAACCUUCACCUGAGCUUUUCAGGGGACCUGAUUAUCCCAAUGAACAGCUACACCAUCCUCCCACAGGUUUCUAGCCUAGCAGGACUUUUAAAUAAGUCCAACGAUCUCACUGAGGGGCAGUUGACAGUAUCAUUGGACAGUGGUGUGUAUGGUGUAAAGCUGAGACACAGUCAUGAGGACACCGGAUGUGAAGAUAAGAUGAGCGAGUGUGAAAGUGCCCGGCUGUGUGUGCUGGCUGAGGAGCGUUCUCUCUGCAUGAACAUCAGCACCAGCUUCAUACAGCACGGUCAGCGGGGUCUUCAGGCUCAGCUCCAUCACUCCUUCCCUUGGCUGCUUUCUGCAGCAGGGCUGCCUUUCAACAGCACUGCAGGAGUGUUUGUGAACCGGAGUGAGGAUGGGCUGCUGACUGAAGUGGAACUGCAUGCUGGGUUCAAAGAGCUAAAGAUCAGACUUCAGAGAGGCGUGCACAACUCUACUGGGACCACUGGACAUUUACUGGUGAACUUCACAGGGGAGUCGAGCCAAGACCACCUGCGGGGCGUCUGCUACACACAGGCUCUGGAUCAGACGCUGCUGGUCAACAUAUGGGUCAACCUCAAUGAUUCCACUGGUUUUGAACUAGAGAAACCAGACACGUCCUCACUGUCACUUGAGAUCCAGGGCCACCACCUAUCUUCCAGCACCGGGCUAAAGGUGAACGUUUCCCACAACAUCUCUUCUUUAAAACCCUACAUACCGUUCGUGUUCCACGCUAAGUCUCAGCUGAACCAUUCAUCCUCUUCACUUGAGGCAGCAGCAGAGUUACUGGUGGGAAGUAGUCUGAUGUGUUUUGAGGGACAGGUGGGCUACACGAAGCUUGGAUUCAAGCAGGUAUUGGACGUCUACCACGCUUUCCCACAGCUGGCCUCAUUUCCCAGCACUGUUUUAGUACACACUGUGUACGCUGGGCAAAACGACUCACACGUUCUGAAACACCAAACACAGUGGAUGCAUCAAGACUCAGCUGGACCAGCAGAAAAAACAGGAGCUUCAGAUGAACCUGGCUCUCAGAAGCAUGGAUGGGGGUUAGAGCUGAGGCUGGAGAGGAAACCUCAUAGCAGACGGGCGGAUGUGCUUGUUGAUUGGACGAUGAGUGGACAGCAGCAGCAGAAUGAGAGCAAGGAUGGACACUCACCAGUGAUCAGAGCUUCAGGAUCUUGGAAUGAUGUGGGUAAAGAGAUUGAAGCCACACUGGAGCUCCAGCAGCUUUUCACACCCACUCUGUCCAACAUCCAUAUACACACACUCUCACACAGCCUGGAUCACGGACACGGCAGCAACAACCAGGUCCAUCUGUCCUGGGACCGAGGGACCCCUCUGAAUGUCACUGUGACUGUGAGUCAGCAGCACUGGAGGCAGGAGACCAGCAGGGGGCAGGCCUGCCUCUACAUCUCACCUGGACAGAUGCAGUCUGUGCUCCCUCUGCCGAACGCUCGAGGAUGCGUCUCAGUGUCUCAGGAGGGAAAAUCUUCCUACUCACAGAGUGCUGAGCUCAAGUGGAGUGACAAGAGGAUCACACAGAGCCUAAAAUACCAGAGAGGAUCCAGAGGGAUGCACACUGUCCAGGUGGAGGCAGGGCUCCAGAAUGUCUCUCCCAGCCCAUGCCCCUCCCACUCGCUGGUGGCCCAGAUGCACACAAACCUCAGGGACGUACUGGAGCACCAUGUCCUUCUGGGGCUGUGUCCUUCACAACCUGGAGUAUCUUGGUCUGGAUCUCACCGGGUGAACUCAGGGAAGGACGUGCUGUACAGCCGGACCGGUCUGUCUCUGUCUGGUCAGGCCGUGCAGCACAGCACCUUCAUCCUGGCUCUCAGGAACGCCAGCAGCAGCCAACGCAGCAACUACUCCCUGCUCACUGAGUGGAAGUUGGGGAACUGGAGCAUUGAGUUGGGAGGCAGUGGACAUUCAUCAGUCAGGAGCACAGGCCUGCAGGUUCAGGCCAAACUGGACCGUUCUGAGCUCUUCUGGCUGCAGACCAUGAUGGGUAAACGCUGCUUACAGGCUGCUGUUGGAUACAAUGGAGACUUGUCUGACAACCUCCGAACGUCCCUUUGUAUGGAUGGACGCCACUGGCUGACCUUCAAGGCCCAAAGGGAAGGAAGUGGCAUUGAGAAUGAGACUCUUGCACUCGUCUCUAUGGGUACAGCCAAUCAGAGCCUUAUAUUCCAGGCCAGGGGUUGUGAGGAGUGCUUACAGGGAACAGAGGCACGGCUCCAACAGCUGGGGUCACACGUAAAGAGGAAACUGCUGGACAGAGUUCAGAGACUGCAUCAUCUUCUGCUGGAGUUCAGGAGACAGGCUGGAGGCAGUGCAGCCUUGCAGGAGUUGAGUGACUGGCCACUGAGACUGACCCAGAAGGCUGAGAAACUGCUGUUGCAGAGGGUGGCCUUGCCGUGGACCGUGUGGACCAACGGACCUCUACGCCAUGCCCUGAAACACAGCCUGCCACAAACUCUGCACUUCUUACAUCAUACCUCUCAGCUCAUCCAGCAGGAGCUCAGAAAGCCCCUGACCACCCUGGCAGAGGCUUAUUACGACGUGACGGGCGAGCGUGUGGACGCAGCGUGGCAGGAGGGACUGGAACUGUGGCGCAGGGAGCUGGAGGAGCUCCUGCCCGCCAUCCUACACAAUCACCACCUGAGAACACCAUCCCUGAGCGUUCUCCGCACCACGAUCGCCGCACUGGACCUGGUCAGCCAGCAGACAGUCCACUGGGCCGAGGCCAGGUUGGCUGCAGUUUUGGUGGGAGUGAGGAGGCAACUGGCCUACACAUACAAGUUCUCGGAAAGCAGGGAGAUGAGAGAAGUGACACUGAGGCUUCCUCUGCCUCAGACUCCCUGGGUAAAAGGCUCACCGGGGUCCGGGGUGGUCCAGGUUCUUCUGGAAGAGUUCCUGCUGAAGCCCCUCCUAUCUCUAAACUCAGCCAGCCUCACAGCUGAGCUCUACAGGCUCAAGAGGAGAGUGAUGGACAGUCCAUUCAACCAUCAAGCGUUCCUGGUAGCAGAUGAAUUUGCUGUAUCAUUUGAAGGACAGCUGUUGGAACUUCCAGCUUCCUGUGAUCUUCUACUAGCAGUCGACGUGAUCAGCAACACUUUCUCCAUCACUCUGAAGUCUAAUAAACCAAAACAGCACUCUCUAGUGGUUCAACUGAACAACACCACCAUCACAAUCCAUCCUCAUGCACAGGUGGAGGUCAACUGUCGGACCAUUCAUGCCCCCUUCACCAACCCUGAUGCUACUAUAACGAGGGAGCUAAAUUUGCUCACUGUGUCCAAUAGAAGAGGACUGUUGGUGUCAUGUGACCCCUCUCUGAGCAUGUGCAGUGUAACUCUGGAUGGAUGGCUACAUGGGAUAGCCAGUGGACUACUUGGCACCAAUGACAACGAAGCAGGAAAUGAACAUCCUCUGCUGGAUGGCUCCCAGACCCAGAGCCUGGAAGAAUUCACUCUGGACUGGCAGGUGGAUUCUAGCUGCAUCAGUAGCAGAGAAAAGACCUGCCAGAAACAGACCCCGGUAGAAUCCUGCACACUUCUCUUCUCCUCCACCACAUCCCCCCUGAGCUCCUGCUUCAGAGUGGUGGACCCUGAUCAGUUCCUCGCAGUGUGUGAAAGGAGUCAGUGCAGCACUCCAGAUUCAUCCAGAAGUACUUUAUGCAGGCUGGCUUCAGCCUACAUUCAACUCUGCAUUAGAAACUAUGUUCCUUUAGAGUCGCCCAUUCAAUGUGCAUAACGAAGCCUGAGAUGCUGAUCCUGGCCAACACGAGUACAGCAUGAAUCACAUUUACAUGUUUGAUACAUUAAAAAUUAAUUGGACGGAGAUUUUUUUUUAUUUCAUUUUUUAUGUAUUUUUCUUUCAUUUGUAUGUAUAACAAAGUAAUAAGUAAUAUGUAAUAACCGUGACUCUUUCAGUAUGGUGCCUUCUAGUAGACCUAAAGUCAGAUUUCAGGAUUAAUGGGACUUUUAAACUAAACAAUACAACAUUAUACAGAAAUAACUGCCCUGUAACUAAUUGAUUAUUCAUGGUUUUUAACCUUAACAAUAAUCGCCUUCAGUUUAAAGACCACAGAGGGAAACUGGGCCUAAAUGAACAAAUGUUUUCCCUAUUUCGUGUACCUGGCCUAAGGCUAGAGAAAACCUAAGGGCAGUAAAAUUAACAAAAAAAAGAAAGAAAUGUAGAGAACAAGACUUACGACUCGGACUGACGCCUCUGGUGGCCUGAAGUAAGGAAAAGAAGACAUCAUGUUCUCUACUUUUCAGAUCUUUCCAUUUGGAAAGAGAAAUAUUUUUAGAGUUGUUAUCAGCGUCUGGCAGUGUCCACCUGCUCUUUAAAGCAAAUGGGGAAAAUUUAUAUCUCAGCUUGUGAAAAUGUCUUUUCGGCAAUAAAAGAGAAAUUAAAUGUGAAAUAAGUUGUAAAAGAAAUAUUUCUCUUUAUGCACCCUAACCUUCACUUUCAGCUUGUUGCCCUUUUCAUCUGACAACUAAUUGGAAGAGAUGUGAAGACUGUAAUACCACAGUUAGCAAUAAGAUAUUCAGCUUAUUAGUAAGUAAGCUUAGCUAUCUGACUGGAACUUCAGUCUCAAUCCAGUAAUGUUUUUCUUAUAUGCCAAGGUAAGGGAACAUUGAACAUUUUUUUAAUUACAGUGGGUAUAAACAGGUGCAUCUAAAAAAGAUGUAUUAAACACAGAAAGAUCUAUUUUAAGCGUUUAUUUAUUGUAUUGUUAAUGAUUAUGAAGCUUACAGCCAAUGAAAACCCAGAAAUCAGUGUCUCAGAAAAUUAGAAUACUAUAUAAGACCAAUUGGUACUUUUGGCAGUGUGGGCAGUGUGCCAAGUCCUGCUGGAAAAUGAAAGAUGCACCUCUAUAAAACAGAUAGAAGCAUGAAGUGCUGUAAGGUUUUGUGGGAAAACAAAGCUGCACUGACUUUAGACUUGAUAAUAAAACACAGUGGAUCAACACCAGCAGAUGACAUGUCUCUCCAUUAAACCAUCACUGAUCAUCAGUAAAUUUUACAUUUUAUCUAGGAAAUCAAGGGAUCAGAGUCUGGAGGAAGAGUGGAGAGACACACAGUCCAAACUUUCACAAUGAUUAAUGAUUUGUAGAUGUGGAUUUCAUUUUCCAGCAGGACUUGGCACACUGCCCACACUGCCAAAAGUACCAAUUGGUUAUAUAAAAGUUAUAUAAUAUUUUAAUUUUUUGAAACACUUAUUUUUGGGUUUUCAUUGGCUGUAAGCCAUACUCAUCAACAAUAAAAAAAUAAAAAAAUAAAUAAAUAAAUGCUUAAAAUAGAUCACUCUGUGUGAAUUAAAUUACUGAAAUAAAGUAACUUUUAAUGAUAUUCUGUUCUAUAUUUGAGAUGCACUUGUAAUGAAAAUUAUUCAGUUCUGUCUUUCUGUGUUUUAUUAUAUGGUGUCUUCUUUGUUGUGUGGUGCAAUAAAAUGGUUUGUAUUGUGAUUCUGAAGAUUUUAAUAUUUAUUUUUUUAUAUCAAUGCCUUUUUAUCAAUGAAUUACUUGAUUGUGGUGCUUCUAGGACGAAUAUGAGUAAACAUCUCUGCUUUGUUGGAGAGCAUGCGGCUCGCUGGAAGUUGGAUGCCAAGCUGUGUAAACAGGAAAA